GUCGCUCGCGUCGCGCCUUCCCGUGAGGCUCCGCGCAGGGCGGCGGGAUGGCGGCGCGCGGCUCCUCGCUGGUGGAGGCCGUGCUGGCCUGCUCGGGGCGCCUGGAGAAGGAGGGUCUGGCCGGCCGCCUCGCCCGCCUCUCCCGCCGGGCCGAGGAGCUCAAGGAGGAGGUUUGCAGCAUGAUCAACCAAAGAUACGUCGAGUUCCUGCCCAGCGUGCAGAGCGCCAAGGAUCUAGAGAGCCAAGUGCAAGAACUCGCAGCCGGCAUCGACCAGCUGAGAUCCAGGAUCGAGAAUGAGGUCCAGCAAGAUGUUAACGUGGCCAUUGCAGACUUUGCUGAUCUGAAACAGCAGCUGGAGAGAGAGCUACUUGUUCUGAGCGUGCUGAAGCAGCUCCAGGAGUUCGACACUGCUCUCAAACAGUUCGCUACCUUGCUGCCCCUGAAGAAGUACAUCUCAGCAACUAACUACCUGAACAAGGCCCGGAGAAGCCUGAAAACCAUGGAGUCUCGUCGGGGCUUUGAGCUGAAGAUUCUGAAGGCGCUCGGCCAGGAGCUCACCAUUCAGACCCAAAACAUUCUGUAUCUUUUGGAUCAGGAGUGGCAGCGAAUGGUGGUGUGGAAACUUCCCCAGUCACAAGAACUCAGCUGUCCAGAGGCAGCUACCCAAACAGAGUUGUACCUGUGUCUGCCCAGAAAAGAUGUUGCCACAGACCCAGGAGUUUCAACGGUUCUGCAGGCUUUUGCCAUUCUGGGAGAACUGGAUGUGAAGUUCAAGCAUUUUGGACAGUUACUGCUGAAGCACAUCCUCAAGCCUUUGAUCUGUUGUCCCUCCUUACGGCUGUUGAUGGAAGAUCAGCCUGAUGGCGUCACGCUCAAAUUUGAGUCAGUGGGCUCCAGUCUUGGCCACCCGCCCCCCUUGGAAGUGUUUGCGAAGCUCCAAUUGGUGUUCAAAGUUCUCCACCAACACCUGCUGGACACCCCACUUGCCCCUUGCGAGGAAGAGGAGGAGGAAAACAGCACCUGGCCCGGCUUGGCCGAGGUGUUGAGCAGUGUGAUUUGGAGGAAGCUGUCCGACUGCCUCAUUUGCGACUGCUUGGUGCACUCCAUCCCCAGCAGCAGCAGCCAGCUUGCACAGUACACAGAGGUUAUUAAAGCAACAGAAGACUUUGAAAAAGCCUUAAAAGACAUGAAGUUCCUCCCGGAGAACUCCGUGGACUUGCUGACCUACGCCCGCAAUGUUAACUGCCAUUUUGCCAACAAGAAAUGCCAGGAUGUCAUCGUGGCAGCCAGGAACCUGAUGACCUCAGAAAUACACAACACUGUGAAGGUCACCCCAGACUCUGUGGUUACGCUUCCCACCCUGCCUGCCUCUGGAGCUGGGGACCAGUUAAAGCCGCCCGAAGGGCCCGAGGCGCUUCUCAAGCAGGUGACCAACUUGGAGAACAAGACCAAGCUGAGCCGCCACACCUUCUCUUUCCCCACCUGCCGCAUCAGCGACUCUGUCCACCGAUUGAUGGCUUUGGCCUAUCAGACCCUCCAGGAGGCAUCAGCCAGCACUGAUCAAUGCUGCAACCAGCUCUUCUACUUGGUGCGCAACAUCUUCCAUCUCUUUUGCGACGUGGUGCCCAUGUAUCAUAAAGAGAACCUCCAGAAGCUUCCCCAGCUGGCCGCUAUUCACCACAACAAUUGCAUGUACAUUGCCCACCACCUGCUGACCAUGGGCCACCAGUUCAGGAGCCGGCUGAGUGAUGGGACGGCCACCUUCGUCGACUUGGUGCCCGGGUUCAGGAAACUGGGAACAAGGUGCUUCCUCACCCAGAUGCGGGUUCAAAAGGAGGAGCUUCUGGAGAGGCUCUCCCUGUCACGGAAUUUCUGCAGCCUGGACGACGAGGACAACUACUCUGCGGCCAACAAAGCUGUCCGUCAGGUUCUGCACCAACUGAAGAGACUGGGCAAGAUCUGGCAGGAUGUCCUACCGGUGAGCGUCUACUGUCGGGCCAUGGGGACCCUGCUGAACACGGCCCUGGUGGAAAUCACGAGCAGGAUUGUUGCUCUGGAGGAUAUCUCCGCGGAGAAUGCUGACCGGUUGCAUGCCCUGUGCAGGACCGUGGUGGACGAGGGCCCCCGGGUCUUUGUGCCCCUGCCGGAGGAAAAGGAGAACCGGCACUUCCAGGAGGAGGUGCCCGUUUACGUGCCCAAGUGGAUGAUGUUCCAGGAGCUCAUGUUGGUCUUACAGGCCAGUCUGCAAGAAAUUGUGGACCGGUGGGCAGGCAGCAAAGGGCCCCUUGCCACCGAGUUCUCCCCCAGCGAGGUGAAGAACCUCAUCCGAGCCUUGUUCCAGAACACAGAGCGGAGGGCAGCUGCCUUGGCCAGCAUCAAGUAGCUGGUGGCCUCUGAAAGAUCGUCCUGGGCUGAGGCUGCUUCCUGCCUGGUCUCCCCUUCCUCCUCGUGGAGUCCUGGCUGGGGCUGAUGUGCUCCGUGGUCGAAGAGCUCAGUCGGAAGCCCAUCAAGUGGCAGUUCCGGACCUCAGAAAACGACUUUCCCGGCAGAACACGUGAUCAACUGACUGAAUCUUCUACCCAAAGAAGAUCCCAACUGGUCCAGAUCUUGGACACGUUUGGCCAAGCCCAGCUGGCAUGCUGAAGCUCUGGGCAGGAUGUGAGGAAACAGCAUCUAUGCAGCUUCUUCCCAAGGGAGCCCUCCUCUUGCGCACCUUAACCGCUUCUCUUUUGCAAGUGGCUUCUAAAGCACACCUGACUUGAAGGGGGGGGGGCGGGGGGACCUUCCAGUAGCCUUUCAAGGCUCUUAAAGUGCCAAAGCCUUCUUGACUUUACCAGCCUUUCCCUUUACUCUGGCGUUGGGAGGAGGAGGAGGAAGGGGGGAGACUGUAAUGAAUGGAUUUAAAAGAAGGGAAAAUGGGGCGAGGUGGCUGGUCCUGUCCCCUCCCCCCCCCUGGAUGCCCGACUUCCUGUUCCCCAAGCACCGCUGACCCCUGUGUCAUGGGAGAAGCCUCUGGGCUUUCAGGAAUUCUGCUCCCAUGGAAGUCGGUCUUCAGGGAACCAGUGUCUGGCAUGGGGACUGCAUUAGGCUGAUUGGUCAAGCAGCAAAGGUGAGGCUGGGGCUCCGUUAUGUCCCCUUUCUUGAUGCCCAGCACCUGCCCAGAUGCCUCUUGCUGUGUUUCCUCAAUGCCAGGUCUCCCUCUGGUCAAAUUCCUGCAUAUUGGCCAUUUGCAAACAUUCUUCAUCUUAUUGGCAAGCAUCUUUUUUUCUGUCUCUAUGUAUAGAAUCUGAGAGCAUCUCUGUAAUAAAAUCCUCCUCAAGACCAGGAUUUGAAGGGGCAGGUUGUACUUUUGGUGUGAUAUCCCUCUUCCAGUUUGAGUUUCUUUAGCAUUUAAAUCUCUACCUGCACAAGGUAAAAACCGGUGCCUGCCCUCUUGUUGAAAGACUAAAAGAAGUGCUCAAUUAGGGGUGGGGUAAAUGUUUGAAUUAUUUUGGGGGGCAAAAUUUUUGGAUAUGUUUUCAGUCAUCUAACCUGUAUUUCCUCUUGCAUUACCUUCAGAAAGCAGAAUUAAAUUUACAUCCUCCAUGAGAUUUUUUUCAUGACCAAACACAUACAACUUCAAUAAAACCCAAAUUCUCAGGA